AUGCCCGUGGUUCGGGUCAAGGUCUUUGCGCUCUCCGAGCUGCGCGCCAAGCUCGCUGCGCCCGCGCUUCGCCUGACCUAUGGCGGCGCCACGGUAGCCGCAGAUGCCGCCGGCCCUGCAGAUGAUGACGCAGACUCGUGCAUGCUGGUGUGGAACCAGUCGUUCGAGAUGAAGACCUCGUCGGGGCCAUCCCCGGCGGCACCAGGCCUGGCCGGCGAUGAUGCCCAGCUGCUGGUGGAGCUCGUCGACGACGGUAGCGUUGUCGGUGUCGCGGCGGUCGAUGUGGAGUAUCUGCGCGCAAGCCACGCCGCGCUGCCACGCAUCGAGCGGCGUCACAAGUACCCGCAAAAGUCCUACAAGCUCGUUCUCCUCCAGCCCGCGUCGCUGCCGUCCGGCGCGCCUGUUGCCGUCCGCGAGUCCUCGAUCGCGCCGUCUGGCGCCCGCCCCGUCGCCCGCCUCAAGCUCGCACUGCAGAUCUUGCUCAAGCCGUCGCGAUCGUCGGCCGCCACUGUUGGCGGCUCGUCAUCGGGCGCAGGCGCUUCGCUCUCGCCGCCGCCGUCGCCGAGCUCGCGCGGCCAGCAUCCGCGGUCGCCGCCGCCAUCGCGCUCGCCAUCGUACGCUGAUCUGGAGCUCGCUCUCUCCAAAGCCCACGUCCGCAAUGCGCUGUUAGAAGCUCAGAACAACACACUCACUGAGCGGAUCCGCAGCCUCGAGGCCGAGCUCGCCGCCGCGCAAGCCACCUCAGGCGCACCCACCGGCCCCGACCGUCCGCCGCUUGCUGCGCUUACAGCCACUUCCACCACCAACAAUACUGCAGCAUCGGUCAGCAAGCUCCAGCAUGCGCUCGACGACCUCGAGGGUCGAGUCCACGGCCUUCUCGCGUGA